UGUUGUCAAGACAACGUAAACAAAAAAUCGACACAUUUUUAUAAAGAUAGACUUGCAAACAUAGACGAUCCUUUGUAAAAUUUUUCACCAUGAGUCGUUUGUAUGACACUAUAGAGCCGUCCGUUAUCGACGAGAAGAUGCUAAAGAACGCCGUGGAAGAACAAGGUCCAGAAGGGGAAGCUGGACGCAUAGCAAAACUCGAAGGAAUUGACUUCGACACAGUUGUCGCCUUGCGAUUAGACUACAAGAACAUACUUAAAAUUGACAAUGUAUGGAACUUCGUUGCUCUCACCAAACUACAAAUGGACAACAACAUCAUCGAAAAAAUUGAAGGAUUGGAAAAAUUGAUUCAUCUUGAAUGGCUAGAUUUGUCCUUCAACAACAUCGAAGUAAUUGAAGGUUUGGAUACCUUGGUGAAACUUCGUGAUUUAACAUUGUUUAAUAACAGAAUCACAAGAAUAGAAAAUAUGAAUGCGCUCGUGAAUCUGCAGAUCCUCUCGAUUGGAAACAACAAUAUUGAAAAAUUAGAAAACAUUGUUUACCUUCGACAUUUUAAACAUCUAAGAACUUUGAACUUAAGUGGAAACCCGCUUUGUCAAAACGAGAGCUAUAAGCCGUAUGUUGUGGCGCAUUUAUCGCAUCUUGUUUACCUCGACUUUCGUUUAAUCGACGCUAAAUGUCGGGAAGGUGCUUUAGAACAGUACAGAUAUACGAGAGAGAUAGUCCAUAAUGAAACACUUGCGGAGAAACAGAAACAAGAAGCACACGAACAAGAGAUGAAGAGAAAAUUACAUAAGGAUGCAUACGUCGAAGAUAUGGACAGUAGCAAGCUUUUUGAUAGUAUGAUCAACGAUGAUCCUGAAUCAACUAAACUUUCAUCUCUACCUGGAGUUGAAGAUAUUUUAACUGUAUAUAAGGAGAAGUGUCUUGACUUGUGUCAGGAAAUGUUUACGUUGGGUCUCAAAGAACACACGAAAAGAGAAGAAGAAAUCAGUUUAUUUUUCACCAGCGUUAAAGACGCGCGAGAAGAAAAUAAAAACUCGGGAGUUAAAUGUAUCAAUGAGUACAUAACGUACAAAAAAAAGGUUUUCCAAGAAAUCUCUAGUGUAAAUGACAGUUUCGUUAUUGAGAGACUAACAAAUGAACUUUACGAUGAAGUCAUGAAAGUUUGGGAUACUUUAAUGGGACUAGAACUGCAGCUUGUCGAUCAACUUGAAGAGACAAUCAAAGAUUUUGAAAGAAACUUAGCGGACAUGUACGCCUCGUUCCUCGAACAGAUUCGCGCACACAUGACACAAUUGAGAGAGAUUGAACAAAUUCACAAUGAAAAACUCCAAGACAUCGCCGUUUCUACGUUGGAUAAACUGCUAAAAAACGAAAUGGGAGACGAACUGCCUGACGAUGUGAGAAUGUUGUUUGUGGAUAAAGAUACAGUUAUGGGAGUCGUUGGAUCCUCUCACGAAACUAGACUGUCAAAAAUUGACAACAAAGAAGACGAGAUUGCAACGCAAGCCCACCAGAACAUGCAAACGUUGAUAGAAAGCAUUCACUCAGAAGAGGUAGUACGAAAUCGAAAGCGUGUUGCAGAAAUCAACAACCUUUCUGAUCAUUUUCGUGAUGAAAUAGACACCUUUGACAUGGGAGCGUAAUGCUAAACCAAUGUUACUGUCAAAAUUAUUGUACAUAGUUUUAAUAAGUUCUAUAAACAUGUUACAUAGCAACAACUA